GCCCUUUGUGGAAGAUCAGACACACUUGAUUUAAUCUGUUUAAUGCAAAACCUAAAUAGGUAGAAGACACAUUGGUCUAUAAUUAACAUGAAAUUGAACCUUAAAUGUGUUUUGUCAGGAAUAGUAGUAAAGAGGUAGAAAUAGUUUAACAACCCCUGAAGAGCAACACUUGUUCUCCUCUCCAGAAGAUGGUGCUGACAUUCCUAAUCAGCGUUAUAGUCAACCACCAUAAAGUCCCAGAGGAAGAAAAUCCAUGCACAUGCAGUGAUAAGUGGGCACUGAGUCAAACCUGUCAGUGGUUAACUGUGUGCUUGCACUUGUAGCUGGAAAGAUACUGCAUUUUCUCCAGUGUGUAGGACCAUGACCAUGACCAUGACCAGGGCUGGAGGGCGAGUUCCCCCUGCAGACAGCACAUGUGUGUUCUGUUUGGGAGGCUUGAACAAUCCUGUGGUUUUAAGAUGUUCCCACAGGUUGUGUAAAAGCUGUGUGCAGAGUUACUGGGAGAUGACCUGGUCUCUGAGAUGUCCUGUUUGUUUGACAGAGACAUCGUGUAAAGUGUCUUUACGAAAAGUGAGUUCUGAGAUGUCAGGAUCAGACAGUGGAAAUGUUCUUUUGGGAAACACAGAAGGGAAAAUGACACAUCCAAAGAUGUGGCCUCAAAAGGCAGCGAGCACUGUGACUUCAGAGGAGCAGGAAAAGCAUGGUACUGCAACGGAGAUGAGGCGAAAAUAUGAACCAAUAGAGCUGAAGAUAUCAGCCUAUUUUAACGUCCAGGAAACUGGCACACAUGGGUUUAAAGCGGAGGAUGUCACUCAUUUAAUGAAGCAGCCCAGAAGAUGCAGAUUAAAGGAUGAAGAACAGUUUGCAAAAGUUGAGAAGAAAAUACUUUCUUCUCAUUUGAGAUCCACGGCAAGAAAAUCUUCCAGUUAUGUCCCGAACACAAGUAUGGACUCAAUGGAUCUGAAAGCCCAAACUCCUUCAAAUGCACCAUCAUCUUCAAUGGCCUUGAGAGCCAAUCUGUGCCCUGAGUGUGGCAAGAGUUUUGAAAGCGAAUCAGCCCUGAAAACCCAUCAGAAAUGCCACUCUGUACAGCGGCCGUAUGGGUGCUCCAGCUGUGGAAAGCGAUAUACUCGGAAGAAGGAACUUGGAUUACAUCAGCGGCUACAUACGAAUGAGAGGCUACUCCAUUGUGCCUAUUGCAAAAAGAAGUUCACAAGGAAGAGAGACCUGAUAUGCCAUGAAAGGAGUCACACUGGAGAGAAGCCUUUCCCCUGUUCUUUGUGUGGGACGAGCUUCAGUAGGAGAAGCGCGCUAAAACUGCAUAUACAGCGACACAAGGGGAUCAAACUGUACCAGUGUGACCAGUGUGGAAUGUCUUUCCAUACAUCAGCAGCCUUGAGGGUACACAAGGCAAGACACACAGGAGAAAAGCCUUUUGCUUGCCAUCAGUGCGAUAAGAGAUUUGUUCUGAAAGCUCACCUGGACAGUCAUUUGCGCAAACACGCAGGAGACACGGUCUACAGUUGCUCAGUGUGUGGGAAGGCUUUUAGGUGGAAGCAGAGCCUUACCAUCCACCAACUAACUCAUCGGGAAGAACGGCCGUUCAAGUGCCCAGACUGUGACAGUAGCUUCAGACGAGCCCACCACCUCAAGUCGCACCAGAUGACCCACUCAAGUGACACGCCAUACAAAUGCAGUCAUUGUGGCAAAGCUUUCAAGUACCGGAAUUCCCUUAAGAUUCAUGAACGCAUUCAUACAGGCGAAAAGCCCUACUGCUGUGAUCAGUGCAGGAAGCAUUUUGUAUCGUCGGGCGAGCUGAGUGUCCAUCGGCGAGUCCACUCAGAAAAAAGAAACUACAAGUGCUCCGAAUGUGAGAAGACUUUUCGAUACAUGCCUUCCUUGAAGGUCCACCAGAGAACGCACUCUAAGGAGAGACCGUACCAUUGCCGUGAGUGCGGUAAAAGCUUUUUUGCUUCCUCCCAUCUCCGAAACCAUGAAGAAAUGCACAAAAACGAGCGACGCCACCGUUGUUCCGAGUGUGGUCAGGGUUUUAACUGCUCCAGCACUCUGAGGUCCCACCAGAUGACCCAUUCGACCAGGACGGAGUUCCGUUGCGAGGAAUGCGGCAAGACUUUCAUCCGCAAAGAAACCUUUAAAACUCACCAACAGAUCCAUACAGGGGCCAGAGUCUACAAUUGCUCGGAGUGCGGAAACAGCUUUAGCAGCUCCAGCAACUUACAGCGACACAUGCAGAACCACAAAGUAAAGACAAUGUAUCACUGCAGCGAGUGUGAGAAGAGUUUCAGUAGCGCGGCAUACCUGAAGAAGCACCAGCUAGCCGUGCAUGCGGCAGAGAUGCCAUACGUCUGCGCAGAGUAAGGGGAAAGCUUUGAUGCUGCUGCAAUGCUGCUAGCUGAAAUACUCGAGAGAUCCUCGCAGAGUGGGAUGAAAGAAUCGGCUGAAUUUUUAUUUAAAAAAUAAAACCAUGAGGACAAACCGGCCUAUUGCAGCAUGUCCACAGGUGGGGAAAGUUUGUCCUUUAUUUCAGUUUGUCAGUGUAAAUUUUUUUUAUUGUCAAUCCAGAUGUUUUCCUUCACAAACUUUUUUCAUUUCAAUAUCUGAAUGGCAAAUAUUUUUUUACGGUUUGCCCUUGGUGUGUGUUAGUGAUAUUUUCAGGCCAAAUGGUAAUGUGAGUUUGUAAAAUAAAUUUAAUUUCCAACA